GUUUAAAAAUAUACAGUAUAUAAUUAAAUACUAUAAUAAGAAAAUCUUGCGAGUCUCACUGAAUUUUUUACUUUCACCCCUAGUCAUUCACCACCACCGCAACCAGAAGAUACUAAGUUGUUAUUGGGUGAAAGAUUUCUCAUGGCAACUAGACUUCAGUUUGAAAAUUCUUGUGAAAUUGGAGCCUUCUCAAAACUUACCAAUGCCUAUUGUUUGACUGCUAUUGGAGGUUCUGAAAACUUCUACAGUGCAUUUGAGGCUGAGUUAGCAGAUGUUAUCCCUGUGGUCAAAACCUCCAUUGGCGGCACUCGUCUUGUUGGUUUUCUUUCUGUUGGAAACAAGAACGGACUUUUAUUGCCACAUACCACCACAGACCAAGAACUUCAACAUCUGAGAAACAGUCUACCUGAUCAAGUUGUUGUUCAGCGUAUAGAAGAAAAAUUGUCUGCUCUUGGAAAUUGUAUAGCAUGUAACGACCAUGUGGCCCUUGCACACACUGAUCUCGACAAGGAAACUGAGGAGUUGCUUGCAGAUGUUCUUGGAGUUGAAGUUUUCAGGCAGACAGUUGCUGGAAAUGUUCUUUCAGGAAGUUACUGUGCUCUGUCCAACAGAGGUGGUUUGGUCCAUCCUCAUACUUCCAUUGAAGACUUGGAUGAACUUUCUACACUUCUUCAAGUUCCUUUGGUUGCUGGGACUGUCAAUCGUGGUAGUGAAGCAAUAGCUGCUGGCAUGGUAGUAAAUGAUUGGACAGCAUUCUGUGGCUCAGACACCACAGCAACAGAGCUCUCUGUGAUUGACAAUGUUUUCAUGCUGAGGGGAGACACACGGCCUGGUGAUGGUUUCGAUGGGAUGAGGAAAUCUCUCCUUGAUAGCUAUAAAUAACCGAGUUUAUCUAAAAGCAUUCACUUUUCAUACCAAGUUGUACUGCUUGUGAAGUUCAUUUUUUUUACUUUGAUAAGAGUUUCUUUUCUUUCCUGGUAAACAGUUGCUGUUUUUCAAAUAUAAUAGUAUAAUAUCAUAGUUCAAUCAAGAUUUGUGGUUUUCACUAAUUGUAUGUCAUCUUUUAUAUCAAUUUAAAUAUGGUCUCUUACUUUGAA